AUGAAUAUCUUUGGCCUGGAGCCCGUCGCCAAAUUUGGAACCGAUGAACAGAGGGAGAGGUGGUUGAGACCGCUGAUCUGCGGGCGUGAACGCGCAUGCUUUGGGGUGACGGAGCCUAACACUGGUCUUGAUACAUUGAAACUUCAAGCUACCGCGCGUCGGACUGGUGACGAGUAUGUUCUAUCAGGACAAAAAAUUUGGAUCUCAACUGCGCAGAGAGCGGACAAGAUAUUGAUUCUUGUGCGGACAACGCCGCGUGAUCAAGUUCGAAAGCUCUCCCAGGGAUUAUCACUCUUCUACACGGAUUUACAGGUUCCUCAGGUUGAGAUUACCGAGAUCCCUAAAAUGGGACGGGCUGCUGUUGAUACCAACACCUUGUUCUUCGAUGACUGGCGGGUACCGGUAUGUGAUCGUGUCGGGGCGGAAGAUGAAGGGUUCCAAAUGAUCAUGCAUGGAAUGAAUGCUGAGCGCAUCUUGAUCGGCGCCGAGGCUCUUGGGCUCGGGUUUGCGGCAUUACGCCGUGCUGCUCUAUACGCUACAGAGCGGGAGGUUUUCGAUCGUCCAAUUGGUCAAAAUCAAGGUAUUCAGCAUCCCUUGGCGGAUAGCUGGAUGAAGCUGGAGGCGGCACGGAUGAUGAUUUACCAGGCUGCUCUUCUAUAUGAUCAAGGGUACACAGGUGGCGAGUAUGCAAAUGCUGGAAAAUAUCUCGCAGCAGAGGCUGCCUUUGAAGCCUGCGAAAGGGCUAUUCUAGCUCAUGGGGGAAUGGGAUACGCUAAGGAAUAUCACGUUGAGCGCUAUCUCCGGGAGGUCUUUAUUCCUCGUAUUGCUCCUGUGAGCCGAGAGAUGAUUUUGAAUUACAUUGGAGAGCGAGUCCUCGGUCUGCCCAAGUCAUAUUGA